CUUCAUUCGUGAGUUACCCAGGGCUAUUUAGCAUCUCAGCCGCUCAAGAGUGACUGAUAUGCCUGACGUUAUCCAGCGCAAUAUAGGUCCGCUCAGCAACCGGCUCACUGCUCGCAAACGCAAACGUAACACUCUGCAAAUUCCUGAGUUCCUUUACCUAGCUCCCGUAGGAUUUGCCUUUGGUGCUACUUCCUCUUUUGUGACGUUUAAUGGUCGCUAGGACUAUCGGGUCUAUGGAAUACUGCGCUGAGUUGCUAUCUAGUGAGGAGAAGACGACUAUAUACUGGCUCUGG